AUGUUAAAGAAGAGAACUCGACGUGGUUACUAUACCAACGAGAUGUUUACUUGUAAUACAUGUAACUUGCAGUUUCCUGCUGCUGAAGAUCAAAGAAGUCAUAUGAAAUCAGACUGGCAUCGUUAUAAUUUGAAAAGAAGGGUGGCUCAAUUACCACCAAUAACUGAAGAUUUAUUCAAUAGUAAAGUGUCUACAUUGACAAACACUGAAGAAACUAAACAGAAACAAUUAACAAAGAAGGAACAAAGAAGGAAAGAAAAGGAAGCAAUUUUGGAACAAAAACGACAAAUAUUAGAACAAGCUAAAAGGGCAAUGUUAGCACAAAUACAAGAGAAUGGCGGUGAAUUGCCACCAACUAAAGAGGAAUCUUCAAACAUUGACAGUAACAAAGAACGACCAGAAGAGGAACCAGAAUCAGAAAUCACACCAGAACAAAAUGAAGAGAAGCUCUUAGCACAAAAACUAGCAAAUAAAUUGGAUAUUCCACCAACAACUUGUUUAUUUGCUCAUCCAAAAUAUAACCACAAUUUCGAUACUAUUGAUGAAAAUAUUGAACAUAUGUUUAGACAACAUGGGUUAUAUAUACCUGAACGAAAAUAUCUUAUUGAUAAACAAGGUCUAUUAGAAUAUUUGGGGGAAAAAAUUGGAUUUGGAUUUUGCAUUGUAUGUAAUUAUCAAGGAAAAACUGCUGAGGCAGCAAGAGAACAUAUGCAACAGAAGAGACACAUGAGAAUUCCAUACGAAACUGAAGAUGAAAAAUUGGAAAUUUCUAAAUUUUAUGAUUUCUCCUCAACGUAUGAUAAUGAUGUGGUAGUAGAUGGUGAAGAUGAGGACGAGGGUGAUUGGGAAGAUGUUAGUGAAGACGAUGAUGAUGAUGAUGAUGACGAAGAACUCCCACCAAUUGAGAGAGAUGCUAUAUAUCAACACGGAAAUGAGUUACAUUUGCCUUCAGGUGCAGUGGUGGGUCAUCGUUCAAUGGCUAGAUAUUAUAGACAAAACUUGGCUCCAGAUAGAGAAUUGUCUGAAGGUCAAGGUACAGUUAUUGCUGCUGAAACUAGACAUAUGUUGACUUUGAAAGAUAGAGAAGAAUUAGCCACCAAAAAGAGAAGUUGGAAGAAAGAAAAGAAAAUGGAGGAUCUUAAUGAUAGAAGAGCCGCUAAGUUUAUUAAUAACCAACCUCAUUUCAGAGAUCAAUUGUUACAAUAG